AUGUGGAGGCGCGUCUAUCUGCUGCUUGUCCUCGUCCGGCUGUGGUUCGCCCUGUCUCCCAGCUAUCUACACCCCGAUGAGAACUUUCAGGGUCCAGAGGUGAUUGCAGGCCAAAUUUUUAGUUAUCCAGUCCGCCACACGUGGGAAUUCACCAGCGACCACCCGAUCCGAAGCGUGUUCCCGCUAUGGCCCGUCUACGGCCUGCCGAUGCUCCUCCUGCGAUGGUUAUGGAUCGGUAACGGCCAGGCCGGCGAGAUCCCGCCCAUCGCCGUCUUCUGGACCCUCCGCGUUCUCAUGUUCGUCAUAAGUUUCGUGCUGGAGGACUGGGCGAUUCACGAGCUUAUACAGUCGCCGCGACACCGCCGCGUCGCCGUGCUCCUCGUCGCCUCGUCGUACGUUACUUGGACGUAUCAGACGCAUACCUUUUCGAAUUCGAUCGAAUCUCUUAUUGUUGCGUGGAGUAUGGUGUUGAUCCAGCGCAUCGUUGAAGCUCCGCACCGCUCGUCCCUUUUGUCGUGUACAAUUCUCAGCAUAGUAUCCGUCUUUGGUAUUUUCAACCGUAUUACAUUUCCAGCAUUCCUCGUUUUCCCCGGUGUUCGCUUGAUACCCCACUUAUUCAAUAGACCUUUGUCUCUUGGCGUAAUGGCUCUCGCCGGACUCGUCACGGCCGUAGUCGCCAUUACCCUCGACACAGCAUUUUACUCUCCCGCGCCACUUACCUGGGCCGACCUAAUUUUCCGCCCCGUCAUCACUCCGCUCAACAACCUCAUGUACAACAUCUCUCCGUCCAACCUCGCCCAGCACGGCCUCCAUCCCUGGUACCAGCACCUACUGGGCAACAUCCCCAUGCUCCUUGGCCCGGCCACCCUCCUCGCCAUCACGCGGCCGUACCUCUCCCUCCGACUCUACUCCGCCAUCUCGGGCAUCAUCGUUCUCUCCAUCUUCCAGCACCAAGAGGCGCGCUUCCUCCUACCCACCGUCCCCCUCAUCCUCUCCUCAGUGCAGCUGCCCAAAAACAAGACGCUCCUAAAGAUGUGGACGGCAGCCUGGAUCAUCUUCAACGUCUUCCUCGGCGUCCUCAUGGGCAUCUACCACCAAGGCGGCAUCGUCCCCGCCCAGGUCUUCAUGUCCGGCCAACCCGACGCCACCCAGGUCAUCUGGUGGAAAACCUACACGCCCCCCAUCUGGCUCCUCAACGGCAAGAACGAGGUCCUCGAGACCCGCGACGUCAUGGGCCUCCGCGGCGAGGCCGUCCUCGAGGACCUCGAGCGCCUCGCCACCUGCGACACCCCCGCCGACCGGCGCAACCAGGAGUACCUCAAGGAGAAGAACGGCACGUACCUCGUCGCGCCCACCUCGGCCACCUGGCUGGAUCAGUAUCUGCCCAACAAGGGGCUCAACGGGCUCCGGUUCAGGGAGGUCUGGAGGACGAGGACGCAUUUGAAUUUGGAUGAUUUGGAUUUCGCCGAGGAUGGCGUUUGGGGUACGUUGGCGCGGGUGGUGGGGAGGAGGGGUUUGGCGGUUUGGAGGGUUACGAAGAGUUGUCCUUGA